GUGCCUCCUGCAGGCAGGCGGGUCGUUGCACCCCCUCCCUCCCCAACACUCUUGCUGCUACUGGAAUAACCGGGAAGCGCGCUCUACAACCGGGAUCUCCUCCGCAACGUCAUUCGCCAAAACCAUUUCUCGAACCGUGGGAUCUUGCGACUCAUUGUAGCUAAGCUUUGAUUGGACAUAUAUGUUUUAGAACUGUGCGAGGGUUGCUGCUGGUCUGCUGUUCGAGGGGAGGAGCUAGUUGUUCAUUCUGGACUUAAAAUACAACAUGCUGGAGAGAGGGCGAGGGGGCCGCUCGUUCCCCGUGGUAUAGAGAAGGAUGAAUGCCACUCUGUUCCAGCCUAACUGAGAACGAGGGAGCAACAGAGGAAGAGGAGGAAGAGGUGGAAAGAGGAGAGGAAUAAGUAAAGAAGAAGAUAUUGAGAUCUGUACUCUUGACAGGGAUCACCUCCUCUUCACCUCCGGACAAAAAUUUCUCUCUGUUUCUCUCUCUCUCUCUCUCUCUCUCUCUCUCUCUCUCUCUCUCUCUCUCUCGCUUUCUCUCUCUCUCUCUCUUUUCCGACAUCGCCGACAUCGUUCACUGCAGCGGCUCUACCUCUCCUAGACUUUGAGCCGUGAAGGGGCUCUAACACACACACACACACACACACACACACACACACACACACACACACACACACACACACACACACACACACACACACACACACACACACACACCCGUUCGGUCUGUGUCCGGUUGAUCUGCUGAUGCUGGUUAGCCUGCCUGCCUGCCUGCUCGCUCCUUCCCAAUCUCCAGAUCAUGAAGAGGCCCAAGCAGCAGACUCAUCCCCUCAGCUUCCUCUCCUUCUUCAGCCGGAAGCCUAAAUCCGACCCCAGGCUUGAGAGGCCUGUUGGGGCCCAUAACAAGGAGGAGGUCUCCAUCACUCUCACACCCAGCGAACAUGCAGACCAGGACCAGAACAUCACAGCCGAAGAGGGCGGGAUCGAGCAAGGCGACUUCGAGGUGGCAUCGUCAGGGGUGACGGGUGACGACCCUGGCGCUGUGGUGGAGGCGGAAUGCUGCGGGGGCGGAGCCAACAGCUCUUCCACAGGUGUCCUAUCCCUCUCCUCUUCCAGCCAGGACCAGCUAUUGGACGAUCACCACUUGGAGGAGUGUCCUUUAUGCCUCCUGAGCCAACCACGAUGCCGGUUCCCUCGCCUUUCUUCCUGUUCCCACCGGGCCUGCUAUGACUGCCUGAGACAGUACCUGAAGAUCGAAAUCUCAGAGAGCAGGGUGGGCAUCGCCUGUCCGCAGUGCCCCGAGGCGUUUGCGCCGCAAGAUGUGCGCGCCAUCCUGGAUGACCUGACGCUGCUGGAGAGAUUCGAAGAGUACCAGCUGAGACGGUUUCUGGCAGCCGACCCGGACACACGCUGGUGUCCUGCACCCGACUGCAGCUUUGCCGUGAUAGCGUACGGCUGUGCUGAGUGUCCUAAGCUAAGCUGCGGGCGUGAAGGCUGCGACACAGAGUUCUGCUACCACUGUCGGCAGCUGUGGCACCCCGACCAGACGUGUGACCAGGCUCGACGCCAGCGAGCACGCCACACUUCCGGGGGAAAUGAUGCUUCCACACUAUACGUCUUCAACGAGGAGCCUGGAGGAGAGUCAGAGGAGAUCAAGGCGUGUCCUCGUUGUGGGGCCUACAUCAUGAAGACCAACGAUGGCAGCUGUAACCGGAUGAACUGUACCGUGUGCGCCUGCCAGUUCUGCUGGCUGUGUAUGCAAGAGAUCACCGACGUGCACUACCUCAGUCCCUCAGGUUGUACGUUCUGGGGGAAGAAGCCGUGGUCUCAGACCCGGAAGGUGCUGUGGCAGGUGGGCAUGCUGCUCGGCGCCCCAGUAAUCAUCUCUCUCAUCGCUGGCAUCGCCAUCCCCGUCAUCAUAGUGGGCAUUCCCAUUUACAUGGGCCGCAAGGUCCACGGUCGCUGUAAGAAGAACAAUAUCUCAGGUAGUAAACAUUACCUAACGGUGGCCAGUGGCGUCAUGAUGUCCGUGUUCGUGUCGCCCGUCAUAGCUGCUGUCACUGUGGGGGUGGGCGUCCCGUUGAUGUUGACGUAUGUCUAUGGGGUCGUCCCCAUGUCGCUCUGUCGGAAUGGAUGGUGCCGGCCGCAGAACGAGCCCCCAGAAACACAUAAGAUACAACUGGAAGACCUAGCCAGCUAUCUUCUAUUCUCUCAUGUAGUCAGCGACCACUGGCCGGGGCCGGGCCCAAGAGGCCAGACCAACCCCGCCCUCAGCGACACCAGCGUCCAGGAAGUCCUACAAGAUGUUAGGGUCAGCGUACAGGAAGUUGGCGUGCUCCCCAGCACCAGCAGUGCUGCCACGCCCCCGGAACCAGAUGCAUGCACAGGAUUGGACAAGCAUCAGAUGCGUCAUGUUUAUACGCAGCAGGACAGCCAAUCAGACUGCGAAGGGGUUGGGGGUGCUGGGAUGCUGGAUAAUACACAGACAUUCUCCUUGCGGGAGGGAACGAACAUUGAGGUGCGUGUAGAGAUCGAGGCCCAUCCACGAGGCGCACGUCAGUCCAGCCUCAGUAGCAUCCUGUCCAGUCGCAGCCUAUCAGCUGAGUCCCUGGGUCGAGCGCACUCAGUAGGCCGCGCCCACUCGCAAGAUCACCUGGGCCACGCCCACUCCCAGGAACAUCUGUGUGCCUCUGAACAUGAAGAAGAGUGCGGAGAAAAGGAAAGAGGAGGAAGAGAGGGAGAAAGCAGGGACCACCUGCAUGUUUUUGAGACGGACAAUGUCUGAGCUCCGCCUACUAUUUAGGUCACACCCCGUUUCCACUACAGGCUCCUCCCACCAGCUGUCUUCCUGCUCCACCGUCUAAGAGUCGAGGACAUGGAGAGAGAGAAAAGGAGAGAUGGAAAAAGUGUGUUUGUGAAAAAUAGACAAAAUAAAGAGGGCCGCUUGCCAACACAGAUGCAUCAAAACAAACCAGAAAUGACUGAAAGCAUGUUGAUCGACUAGUUUUGUGGGUGUUAGCCUCACUUUACCGUGUCCUUUCAGAAGAGAAUGCCCCCCCCCCCCUCCCAAUCUAACACUGGUCUAUUUAAAUGAUUAUUUAAAUUAAAAUGAUUACCAAGCCCCUUCUCUACCUAUACCCGCGUACUUAUAAUGAUCUAGAGUCGUUUGUAUCAAGCAUCUCAGAGUUGGAGUGCUGAUCUCGGACCAGUUUUGCCUUUUCGAUCACAAUAAAUACGAUUAUUAUAGACAGAGAAGACCUGAUCCUAGAUCAGCACUCCUACACAGGUGAUACAUACAACGCCUAAUGUCCCCCCUUCCAUCUAAGAUACCAUUUUAAGAGAUCUAAAAGCAUGUUUUGUUCUGUAGGGGUUAGCCAUAUGUAACAUGCUGCUUCAACUCUCUCUUCCUGUCCUGACACUGAUGAGGUAUGAAAUGCUUCCUGCCCGUCCCGUGUUGAUGAUGACAUGCGAUAGAACGUAGAGAGGCUACUGUGUAAAAGGGUGUAAUGAAGUGGGGGGGGGUUUCCUCACAAAGGGUUAUUUCAGUAUUGUCAGAUACAGUGUAAACCUGACUUUAUGCAACACGUUUUAACAUGCUGGUCCAACUACAGGCCUUGUUGAAAUGCAGUCGCCCUCGACUAUGACUGGUUGGUGAUCUCAGUGAAUUUCAUAGUAGACCACUUUGACCAUACUGGUUAUCAAGCUGAUAUUCCCUUCCAUUGAGGAGGUUGGGGGGUGUGUGUGUGUGUGUGUGGGGGGGGGGCUAUAUGUUUUGGUCAAGGCAUGCAUUCUUUCGCUGCUGUGAAUCUAAGCAAUAUUCAGGGACCAGGCGCUGUGACGUUUAGCGCCAGACAUAUCCUACGGACUCUGGCUGCCUGCAUUCCAAAUGGCACCCUAUUCCCUACCCCACUGGGCACAGACGUCAGUUCAACGUCUAGUUUUGAUUUACAUUUGGUUGAGUUUGUAAACUAACAUGAAUUCAAUGUGAAAUGAACAACAACAACAACAACAAAAAUGUCACUGUCAUUUGGGUUUAGAUUAAAAGUUUGGUGAAAAAAAAAAUCCGUUUUUGUCACGAGAAUUUCUAUCCCAAUGUUCUAACCAAACUAUUUUAUAUCUCUGUCUAAUUCCUGAAGGUUGUACAUCUCCAGUUCAAAGACAUAGACAGUCUCAGCCUCCAAUAGAUCAAUACUUUAUGCAGAGAGUGCUCUGCGAAUCUUUUUAAACACACACACACAAACAAGUUCAAAUCUUAAGUUACGCCUUGCUCAGACAGUUACUUUUCCACUACACACAUACAUUGUUUAUCAUAUUCUGCAACAUGUUUCAUAAUUUUCUGCAAGCAUAACAAUUUCUCCCCUCCACGGGUGGGGACAGAAUGUCCAGUUAUUGAUUUCAUAGCACAACUUGUCUGUCGAUAGCUCCUCUUAUUCUUUGUUUCACACUUGCACCCUGCUUACAUAGCUAAACAGGAACAAAAUGUCCUGGUUCUAAUUAUGAUUCUAAUACAUUUCACACAAUUAUAUGGUUUCAGGGUGGAAUACUUUAGUCAUUAUCUUAAACGUACAGAUUCUUCUAUCAGUUUUCCACAUUGAUUCAACGUCAUCACGUUGCAUUUUUGGGUUGAAAUGACGUGGAAACAACUUUGAUUGAACAAAUGUUUUUUGCCCACUGGGAUCAUAAUUCACUACUUCUGACCAGGGCCCAUAAGGACUAGGGUGCUAUUUAACCAGGGCCCAUAGGGAUCUGGUUAAAAGUAGUGCACUAUAUUAGGGAAUAGGGUGCCAUUUGGGAAUGUACUAUCUUAACAGAGAUCCAUAAUACAGUAUUUCACUAGCAACAGCAGCAGUAGCAGCACGGCCCUCUAGCUAGGGCUUAGAACAGGGCUGGGUCACUCUGAUAGUAGCAGCACGGCCCUGUAGCUAGGGCUUAGAACAGGGCAGGGUCACUCUGAUAGUAGGAGCACGGCCCUGUAGCUAGGGCUUAGAACAGGGCUGGGUCACUGAUAGUAGCAGCACGGCCCUGUAGCUAGGGCUUAUAACAGGGCUGGGUCACUCUGAUAGUAGCAGCACGGCCCUGUAGCUAGGGCUUAGAACAGGGCUGGGUCACUCUGAUAGUAGGAGCACGGCCCUGUAGCUAGGGCUUAUAACAGGGCUGGGUCACUCUGAUAGUAGCAGCCAGGCCCUGUAGCUAGGGCUUAGAACAGGGCUGGGUCACUCUGAUAGUAGCAGCACGGCCCUGUAGCUAGGGCUUAGAACAGGGCUGGGUCACUCUGAUAGUAGGAGCACGGCCCUGUAGCUAGGGCUUAGAACAGGGCUGGGUCACUCUGAUAGUAGGAGCACGGCCCUGUAGCUAGGGCUUAGAACAGGGCUGGGUCACUCUGAUAGUAGCAGCACGGCCCUGUAGCUAGGGCUUAGAACAGGGCUGGGUCACUCUGAUAGUAGCAGCACGGCCCUGUAGCUAGGGCUUAGAACAGGGCUGGGUCACUCUGAUAGUAGCAGCACGGCCCUGUAGCUAGGGCUUAGAACAGGGCUGGGUCACUCUGAUAGUAGCAGCACGGCCCUGUAGCUAGGGCUUAGAACAGGGCUGGGUCACUCUGAUAGUAGCAGCACGGCCCUGUAGCUAGGGCUUAGAACAGGGCUGGGUCACUCUGAUAGUAGGAGCACGGCCCGGUAGCUAGGGCUUAGAACAGGGCUGGGUCACUCUGAUAGUAGCAGCACGGCCCUGUAGCUAGGGCUUAGAACAGGGCUGGGUCACUCUGAUAGUAGCAGCACGGCCCUGUAGCUAGGGCUUAGAACAGGGUUGGGUCACUCUGAUAGUAGCAGCACGGCCCUGUAGCUAGGGCUUAGAACAGGGCUGGGUCACUCUGAUAGUAGCAGCCAGGCCCUGUAGCUAGGGCUUAGAACAGGGCUGGGUAACUCUGAUAGUAGGAGCACGGCCCGGUAGCUAGGGCUUAGAACAGGGCUGGGUCACUCUGAUAUUCUGGCAUGUGUGUCUGUUGGUUUCUUUCUGUCAAACCAGCAUCUGAUUUAGACCUGGGAAACCAGGUGUGUGGACUCCGUGUGUGUGUGUGUGUGUGUGAUUAAGUGUCAGACAGAAGAUAGAACAGCAGGCAACCAAGUUCCUGAGGAAUAGAAAUCUUGGCCUUCCCUGGCUUAGAACAUCUCUCUUAAAGCUGCAUGGUUUCUGCUCCUCACUCCCUGGUUGUCCAGGAGUUAGCCACCACCACAACACACACACACACACACACACACACACACACACACACACACACACACACACACACACACACACACACACACACACACACACACACACGCUAUUGAACUGCAGUGGUGAUGCUGUCGACAAACAGAAGACACAGGAACCACCACCAGACCAUCUUAGUCGAUCACAGCACCCAGACCCCUCAGUCGAUCACAUCACCCAGACCCCUCAGUCGAUCACAGCACCCAGACCCCUCAGUCGAUCACAGCACCCAGAACCUCUCAGUCGAUCACAGCACCCAGACCCCCUCAGUCGAUCACAGCACCCAGACCCAUCAGUCAAUCACAGCACCCAGACCACCUCAGUCGAUUACAGCACCCAGACCCCUCAGUUGAUCACAGCACCCAGACCCCCUCAGUCGAUCACAGCACCCAGACCCCUCAGUCGAUCACAGCACCCAGACUCUCUCAGUCGACCACAGCACCCAGAACCUCUCAGUCGAUCACAGCACCCAGACCCCCUCAGUCGAUCACAGCACCCAGAACCUCUCAGUCGAUCACAGCACCCAGAGCCCCUCAGUCGAUCACAGCACCCAGACCCCCUUAGUCGAUCACAGCACCCAGACCCCCUCAGUCGAUCACAGCACCCAGACCCCUCAGUCGAUCACAGCACCCAGUACCUCUCAGUCGAUCACAGCACCCAGACCACCUCAGUCGAUCACAGCACCCAGAACCUCUCAGUCGAUCACAGCACCCAGACCACCUCAGUCGAUCACAGCACCCAGACCACCUCAGUCGAUCACAGCACCCAGACCACCUCAGUCGAUCACAGCACCCAGAACCUCUCAGUCGAUCACAGCACCCAGACCACCUCAGUCGAUCACAGCACCCAGACCCCCUCAGUCGAUCACAGCACCCAGAACCUCUCAGUCGAUCCCAGAGCAGCGGUGUUCUACAAGCAGCAUGCUAACUCAGGCUAUAUCCAUUCUAGAUGAUUAUGAUGAUGAGAAAAUAUGAACUGAAAAAUUAACAGAAAGAUUCCUGAGUGUGAAAUCCCUUGUGAAGAGGACCUCGGAGAGACAGACAACCAUGGGGAUUGAUACAGAUAUGGUAUGUAUUCAGAGCCAUGGGGAUUGAUACAGAUAUGGUAUGUAUUCAGAGCCAUGGGGAUUGAUACAGAUAUGGUAUGCAUCCAGAGCCAUGGGGAUUGAUACAGACAUGGUAUGUAUUCAGAGCCAUGGGGAUUGAUACAGACAUGGUAUGCAUCCAGAGCCAUGGGGAUUGAUACAGACAUGGUAUGUAUUCAGAGCCAUGGGGAUUGAUAGAGACAUGGUAUGUAUUCAGAGCCAUGGGGAUUGAUACAGACAUGGUAUGUAUUCAGAGCCAUGGGGAUUGAUACAGACAUGGUAUGUAUUCAGAGCCAUGGGGAUUGAUACAGACAUGGUAUGCAUCCAGAGCCAUGGGGAUUGAUACAGACAUGGUAUGUAUUCAGAGCCGUGGGGAUUGAUACAGACAUGGUAUGUAUUCAGAGCCAUGGGGAUUGAUACAGACAUGGUAUGCAUUCAGAGCCAUGGGACUUGAUACAGACAUGGUAUGUAUUCAGAGCCAUGGGGAUUGAUACAGACAUGGUAUGUAUUCAGAGCCAUGGGGAUUGAUACAGACAUGGUAUGUAUUGUAAAUCUGAUGAGGAAUAAAACUUGAACAAAUGUUUCACCAUGAA